ACAGCACAGCUCACCUUCUCCCUUCAUCCCGUCCUCGGGUCCACAGUAGAGAUCCAGCUUUUCAACAGAAACCACCACUUUUCCAGAAAUUUAUAAUUUAUAAUGAAGAGGAGAAUCAUGUCAUCCUUUAUUCAGCUCAGCUGGAAGUGACUCUGUUUAUAAAGGAAACAGAGAAGGAGCUUGGAUCAGAUUUGGGGGAGAGGGCGGCUGAACUGUCAGGUCACGUGACGCGAGAAAGCGGCUCGUGGUUGCCUGAAGCCUAUGGAAAAGGAUUCCGAGGCUGGGCCCGGGCCCAGGUGUGGAAGAAAGCUAUCGAAGCCGCAGUGGAGGCGGCCAGAGCAGCCUUCCCCCGCUGGUCGGCCCGGAGCCCCCAGGAGCGUUCGCAGGUGCUGCACCGGCUGGCGGAUCUGCUGGAACAGUCCCUGGAGGAGCUGGCCCAGGCAGAAUCCAGGGACCAAGGGGAUGAAGUUUCAGGCUGGAGAGGACCAAGGUUCCGUCUGCGUGAGCUGGGAUACGUGUACGAUCAUGUCUUCUCCAUCCCCGGGGAAGCAGGUGGACUGUGCUUUCUGUUGUUGGCUUCUUUCAGGGAAAACCGUAACACUGGCCAGAACCAUGGACAUUCCCCGGUCUGUGCAGAACUUCCGGUUCUUCGCCUCCUCCAUCCUGCACCACACGUCUGAGUGCACGCACAUGGACCACCUGGGCUGUCUGCACUACACCGUGCGGGCCCCGGUGGGGAUCGCUGGUCUGAUCAGCCCUUGGAAUUUGCCACUCUACUUGCUGACCUGGAAGGUGGCGCCGGCCAUCGCGGCUGGCAAUACCGUGAUAGCCAAGCCCAGCGAGCUGACGUCAGUGACGGCGUGGAUGAUGUGCAAACUCCUGGAGAAAGCAGGUGUCCCACCAGGUGUGGUAAAUAUUGUGUUUGGAACAGGGCCCAGGGUUGGUGAGGCCCUGGUGUCCCAUCCAGAGGUACCCCUCAUUUCCUUCACGGGGAGCCAGCCCACGGCCGAGCGGAUCACACAGCUGAGUGCCCCGCACUGCAAGAAGCUGUCCCUGGAGCUGGGGGGCAAGAACCCCGCUAUCAUCUUCGAGGAUGCCAACCUGGAGGAGUGCAUUCCAACGACUGUCAGGUCCAGCUUCGCCAACCAGGGUGAAAUCUGCCUCUGUACCAGCAGAAUCUUUGUCCAGAAGAGCAUCUAUAGUGAAUUUUUGGAGAAGUUUGUACAAGCUACCAGAAUGUGGAAAGUUGGCAUUCCCUCUGAUCCAUCAGCCAGCAUGGGAGCUCUGAUAAGUAAAGCUCAUUUGGAGAAAGUCAGAAGUUACAUCAAGCGAGCCCGGUCGGAAGGGGCCCAGAUUCUGUGUGGUGAGGGGGUGGACACGUUGAGUCUCCCCCCCAGGAAUUGUGCAGGAUACUUUAUGCUUCCCACAGUAAUAACAGACAUUAAGGAUGAAUCUUGCUGCAUGAAAGAAGAGAUAUUUGGUCCAGUGACGUGUGUCGUCCCCUUCGAGAGCGAAGACGAAGUGAUUCAAAGAGCCAACAGUGUUAAAUACGGGCUGGCGGCCACGGUGUGGUCCAGCAACGUGGGCCGUAUUCACCGGGUGGCUAAGAAAUUGCAGUCUGGCUUGGUCUGGACGAACUGCUGGCUCAUCAGAGAGCUCAACCUUCCUUUUGGGGGGAUGAAGAGUUCUGGGGUAGGUAGAGAAGGAGCCAAGGACUCUUACGAAUUUUUCACUGAAGUCAAAACCAUCACCAUUAAACACUGACCCUGGAUAGUGGAGAAGCUGUGGUCCACGGCUGGCUGCAGAGAAUCAGUAGUUCAGUGCGGCGAGCAGAUACCCCGGCAUAAAUUUCUGCCACAUCUUUGCUCAGCGGCGUUUCUCUACCUUAGGCUCAGCAGUUUGUACUCUCAUUCGUUGUCACAGAGAGGCUGACUGUUUUCCCGGUGGAGUCAAAGAAGAGACUUCUGAGCAGGAAUGCACAAAAAGGAAGCCAAGUAAUUGUCAGGUUCCUUCUGUAUUGUGUCCUCGCUGUAGUUUUUUUCAUUGUUUUGAUUGAAUUCUUGGAAAUUCACAGAUAAUCAUUUUUUUUCCCAUUUUUAAGUAUAUAUAAGAAUGUCAAUGAUAAACAUAGCAUGGAAUUUGUCCGAGCAGACCUAAAUGGUAGGUCCCACUAAAUACAUCUGUAAAAGGUCAGGGAAAAAUAAAAAUAAUGACUACUUUUGAAGGAAAUUUGAAGCAAGAAGAGGAAAUAGUUUGAUCCAUUUCUAUUCGAGUGUAAUCAAUUCCAGUUCUUCGGGUCUGUUUCCCAUGAGGCUUAGAACCCACUAAUCCUAAAAGAAUAAACGUUAAGCAAUUUUAGUAGCCAGUA